GUCGUCAUGUCCAGCGCUUGUAAAGUCGUGUUGAAUGAGCGUGUAGACGGAGAUGUAACGGAGCUCCAGAGGUAAACGAGGCGAGCUAUUGUGGCAGUGAACAUGAUCACAAUGCGGGAUUUUACACUGCAUCCAUCUGAACACAGGCGCAUUUCACUAAAUCACAACACGACUCACCACCAGUACAGGAGACAUGCUGGAGUCUGAGCGAGGACUGUAGAUGCACAGGGCCCCCAGGCGAGUUGACAUUAGGAGUCCUCGCACACGCCUGUCGAUAUGCAGUCAUUCAGCAUGUUUACACACCCUCUUGACUCCAGGAAACAGUUCCAUGGUUCCACAGUUCAAUUCUGUCUCAGCACCAAGGCCAGCAGUAACCUAGGUUAGUCUGGGAAAACCUGUGCACGUCUGCUCCCUCCCCUUUGCUCCAAGAGACCACACUCCUAUAGAGGAAAUGGGAGAUCAUCAUCAGGUCAAGACUUCCUUCCUUUUCAUCCAACUACAGUCACCCUCCAGGGCCCAGCAGUGCCAACCUUCUGCUGACACUCUGAGCUUGGUCACUCCAGAGGAAUUAUCAUCAGCCACAACAGCUGCAGACAUAGCACGACCUUCAGUCGGAGACCUAGAGAGCAUCAACACCAGGGCGGAAGAAAGUAUAACAGCAUACGAGGAUGCUUUAGACGACACCUUAUUACAGAGUGUGGAUAGUAAAUCUAUACCAGAGGAAGCACCUACACCACUAUUUGAUUAUAGGAUUACAGAAGAGAGCUAUUCCUCUGAUUCAACAAGGAUAGAUAUCAGGGCGGCUAACCAAGAAACCACUUCAUCAUCAAGCUGUGAAUGUUUAACAGGAAAUGGGUCUCUAAGUAAAACAGAUUCUCAGGAGUGCUUGAGUUGUGAACUCAACAAAUCCCCAAAUUCAGUAUCUGAAAAGGACAACUCUGGUGAACGCAUAGAAUCCUCCAUUUGGCUCUUGUGUCAGGACCCUCCGGAAACCAUGAGUGAAAUGAUUCAGUCUCCAUCACUGGGGAACUUUCCCAAACCUUCUUUAGGUCCCAGAAUGAGUUUCCUCUACCCAUCAACAGAAUCUGACUCCCAGAACAGGACAACACCACGUAGUCCAGAUCUGAGCCCAACGCCCAGUGGAUUCCCUCCAGCCUGUGCACCAACCUCUACUUUUCCACCAAGCACACAUCGGCUGUCGCACAGCAACUGGGUGCACAGUGCCAAACACAAGGAGGAGGCUGCUGCUCUAGAAAACGCAAAGACAGUGCCGAGCAUGAACGCAGAGAGGACCACUUUUGUUUCGGCCGUCAUCAAGAGGUCCUCAAAACUCUACGGGGAUGUCUGUAAACCAGCACAUAGUUCUUUGACUUCUGACGUUGAAAAGUCUUCUGAGUCUUCUCUGGCUGUAGUAGGUGCAGGAAAACCAAACCAAACGGCAUGGACUACAGAAUCUCUGCACACUGAAACAGCACCAUCAACCAUGUUUCAGUCUACAGCACCUGAAAAGGCCGAAGCAUUUGUUUGGGUCAACGGCUCCUCCUCGCACGCUCAGAGCGUCGCCAAGGCCAAGUACGAGUUUCUUUUCGGAAAGACGCACGACGCAAGUUCGCCAGGCACUGCCUCUACAUGUGACUCGAACCCUCUGCUGGAGGACAACAUCAGCACAACCCCUGACCCCUCCAUCCAGGAGGAUGAACUCGACGAGACGUCACUCUUUCAGGAGAUCGACAGGGAGCUCGCCGAGUUGCUGAGUGGCCUCACGGCCAGAGCCCGGGAUGCUGCGGCGGCCGAACAGCACAGCCAAUCAGGAGACGCCACUUCAGACAUGAUUCCCUGCAACGGGACGCCCCCUUCUCCUCCGGGCACAGCUGAUCACGCCUCAGAGCUACAGAAUGGCACCUCAGACUCCGGGCAGACAGAACAGCUGAAGGACGUGACGUUCGACUCAUGGUGCGAGGCGCUGAUACAGGACCCGAGCUCAGCGCAGGAGCUGCAGUGUGCGAGCCCCGCUCUCGACCCAGACACCAGGAAUGCACCCGCAAGCCAACAUAAACCUGCACCGGUGCCCGUUACGGAAAAGCAGGAGGGAGGCGAGAGUGCAGACUUGUCACCAAAGCUUCUGGAUGCCUCUCUGGACGAGUCCAGCAAAAUCCUGGCAGAGAUCCCCGGCAUCUUUAGUGCCUUCCUUGACGGGGGCAAAGCGCGAGAGAAAACCCAGAAGAAGCUGCGCUUUGUGGAGGACCAGGCUGAUGCAGAGGUCUUUCUCAAUGGAAAGGCUGAAGAGAAGGAACAGACGACUCAGGACAUGGAGAAACCUUCUCAGGACAACACACUCAAGGCUGCCGUGCCAGUGAUGUGUGUUUCUGAAGCGACCGAAAACAGCUCAGCCAGGAGUGUAGAGGCAAGAGCCAGCGAGAGUGAGGAGGCCACAGAUGUAUUCAGCAGUCAGUUCGAGAGCAUCCUGGAGUCGGAGCGCCUGUGUGUUACGCUCUACAGCAGCCUGGACUCACUGGACGCUCUCACGUCCUCGGCUGACGAGACGGACGAACAGGCUGUGCCAGCGCACGCACACCGGGUCGUAGAGAUGCCCCUCACGCCCAUGAUCCAGCAGCGGCUGAAAGAAAGCGGCCUGUUUAUGGAGGCGAGUAGAAGGCAGGAAGAGGUGCUGAGCGUCAGUGUGACCGGGAAGAGCGGGAAAGCAGCCCUGGAAGUGACCUCUUCCUUCCUGAAUACAUCCACGGAGCAAGUGGACUCGAUUGCCGGACACACGGAUGGAGCUUUGGCCAACGGCAUGAUGGGGAAGGAGACGAGCGAUUGGCUGCAGAGCUGGACGAGCAGCGAUGAGGGGUUGAAAGACGUGCUGUCAGACUGGGACUUGGACAUGGGCAGCACCGAGCGACAGAAGGACAGCACGGACACACUGAACAACGGGCACCGCAGCGACCAGGAGGCAGCACGACGCCUGGCCCGCCGCCUUUACCACCUGGAGGGCUUCCGGCGCUCUGACGUAGCCAUGCACCUGGGCAAGAACAAUGACUUCAGCAAGAUGGUUGCCGAAGAGUACCUCACCUUCUUUGAAUUCACAGGGAUGACGUUGGACCAGUCACUCAGAUCCUUUCUCAAAGCUUUUGCACUAAUGGGUGAAACCCAGGAACGAGAGCGGGUUUUAAUCCACUUUUCUAAUAGGUACUAUCAAUGUAACCCCACCAUCCUCGCCUCACAAGAUGAAGUGCAUUGCCUUACAUGUGCUUUAAUGCUGCUGAACAGUGACCUUCAUGGACAGAAUAUUGGGAAGAAGAUGACGUGCCAGGAAUUCAUCAACAACCUGGACGGCCUGAAUGCAGGACAAGAUUUCCCGCGAGAUCUACUCAAGGCAUUGUACAACUCGAUCAAGAACGAGAAGCUGGAAUGGGCAAUUGACGGGGACGAGUUGAAGAAAUCGCUGUCUGAGCUCGCGGACACAAAGAACGACAAUGCCCACACGAAGAGCAUCAGCAGGAUCAGCAGCAGCAGCAACCCUUUCCUGGAUAUCGCCCACGACCCCAACGCUGCUGUUUACAAAGCAGGCUUUCUGGCUCGUAAAAUCCACGCUGACAUGGAUGGCAAGAAAACCCCUAGAGGAAAAAGAGGCUGGAAGACAUUUUAUGCUGUUCUCAAAGGCAUGAUCCUGUAUUUACAGAAGGAUGAGUACAAACCUGAGAAGGCCCUGUCCGAGGAGGACCUGAAGAACGCCAUCAGCGUGCAUCAUGCCCUGGCCAUAAAGGCAGUAGAUUACGAGAAGAAGCCCAACGUGCUGAAACUGAAGACAGCCGACUGGAGAGUCUUCCUCUUUCAAGCCCAGAGCCCUGAGGAGAUGGAGUCCUGGAUCAGAGUCAUCAACUCGGUGGCUGCCAUGUUUUCCGCACCCUCCUUCCCCGCUGCCAUCGGGUCACAGAAGAAAUUCAGCCGCCCGCUGCUGCCAGCCACCACCACCAGGAUGUCACAGGAGGAGCAGCUGAAGUCGCAUGAGGCCAAGCUGAAGCACAUCUGCACAGAAUUAGCCGAGCACAGGUCCUACCCUCCAGACAGGAAGGUCAAAGCCAAGGAGGUUGAUGAAUACCGCCUGAAAGAGCACUACCUAGAAUUUGAGGAAAACCGUUACGAGACGUACGUGAAGCUGCUGAAGGACGGCGUGAAGGAGGUUCUGUCUGCUAAAGAGAACGAUGCGGCUCUGAAGAAAUCCCAGUCCAGCCCACACCUCAACCAGGAAUCCCAGCCGGCCGCGGCCAAGAUCAAGCGCAACACGUCCGAGAGGAAGGACUACCGUCCCGAGACGCCCAAAGUCACAUAGACGGCGUGUCUUUCUCCACCCCUCUUGAAAACAAGAGCCAUUCUUCACAACAUGUGAAUAUAUUCUAGUGUAAUUUAUUCUCUGCCACUGUUGUAAACGGAAAACUGUUGUGUAAAAUGUAAUCGAAUCGAUACUCGUCCUCUUUAGAUCGACUGGUGCUCGUGUAGCUGUUUGUAGGAGACAUUACUUACAUCCGUGUGGUCCUUUUUCAUUUGGUUUCAGUGUCGUCGACAUCGUCGCAGUUGUCAUUGUCGUGAUGAGCGUGCGAUUUUAAUUUUUUUCCUUGCGAGACGGUCGCUCGGGUCGUUCCCGCCGUGUCGCGUCUCGAGACAUGAUUUGCCUUUCACUCGAGACGAGUAGUGCUUUCUCGCCUACGGUUUAGAACCGAUUUCCACAGCAGUUUCUUUGUGCAUACAGUAGGCAUUAGACGCGUUCUUUCUCUGAAGGUCGUUUUAGUAUGGAAAUGAAGUGAACAUUAAAAGCAGUUUCUAGGCAAGUAAGGCUUCCAGAGAGAACGGACAGGAGACUCGAAUGCUUUUCUCGUAAUCGAGAGGAACGUUCUUUAAGGACCGCCGAGAUUUUUAUUUUUUCAUUACAGUGAUGGAUCAGGAUGUGAACACAGGAACGCCGUGCGUCGGGUCACGAUCAACAGCUCAGCGGUUUAAUUCCUUAUUACUAUAGCAAAACGAAGAGAUACCCAAAUCUCUCUCACUCUCACAGUCUCUCUCUCUCUCUCUCUCUCACUUACUCACUCACUCUUUCUCUCUCUCUCUCUCUCUCACAAUCUCUCGCUCUCACUUACACUCACUCACUCUUUCUCUCUCUCUCACACAAUCUCUCCCUCUCUCUCGCUCUCACUUACACUCACUCUCUCUCUCUCUCUCUCUCUCUCUCUCACACAAUCUCUCGCUCUCACUUACACUCACUCACUCUUUCUCUCUCUCUCUCUCACACAAUCUCUCGCUCUCACUCACGCUCACUCUUUCUCUCUCUCUCUCUCUCACACACACUCAUACACUCACUCUUUCUCUCACACACAAACACGCACACUCAUUCUCUUACAAUCUUUCUCUCUCUCUCUCUCUCUCUCUCUCUAUCUGUCAAUUGUACCAGCAUGUUACAGCAGUUUAGAAAAUAUGAAAAAAAGCCAGUUCAUUAUUUUUUAAUGAUAAACAUGAGGUACUUAACAGCGAUCGUUUGAAGCGAAGUUGAGUUGUAUUUACAAAACAUGGCUUUUCCGACUUGCAGAAUGAUGAACAUCAUUGGUGCAGGCGAGCCAAUUAUUUUUUUAAACUCUUAAAAUAAAAAGUAUUCUACCUUUUUUUUUGUUGUUGUUGUUUGUUUUCGUUUUGUUUAGUUGUUUUUUUUUGCGUAGUGUAAAUGCCAAUGCUCCUUUAGUGUAUUUUAUAAUCUUAUAUAUUUGGAUUUAUAAUUCUCAGUUCAGGACAUUAUUGUUGUAAAGAUGAAAUUAGUAUUUAUAGUGCACUUUAUGACUUAGUUCUUCGGUUUGAGUAUUUCGAGCUUUAUAAAAAAUGGAAGAAAAAAAAAUGAGUAGUGAUGCGUUUCUUGGCUACAUCGCAGGUUUUUUCAGGCCGUGUAAAUCGUGUUUAGCUUAUUGAAGGUACUGAGCUGAAUGUACGUUUUAUUUUUCUCCGUCAGCUCGAGCUGUAGCGUGUUAGUCUGUCAGUGGUUCUAUAGUUUCGCCCUUAUAAGUAGGUUGUGCAAAGACAAAGUUUCCUUUUAGGAGGCUAUUUACGAUGCUGUAUAACAAGGAACGCUCGCCUUCUGGUGACGUCGCUCUUGAUUUUCGAAGCCGCCGCUGUUUUCUUUAGGCAAAGGACUGAACACUAUGAGCAUUUUUACACUUCCAUUGCUAAUUGCACAAGUUUUCCAUCGCAGAUCCACAUCGUUUUCAGCUAUUGAAGGUUCGAAUCGAAUUUCGAAUGCGUAUUGAAUAGAAGUAUAGUCAGGCUGUUUUUGAAGAUAUUUUUCAGUUAGUUUAUGCAAAUCCCUCCAGUCAUAAACGAUGUUUACUUGAACUAUACGUAUUGAACUAUGUAGGACACUUUAUUUUUACUAUAUUUAGUUGUUUUGGUUUUUUUUUUUAUUGUUUGUUUUAGUACACACAUGGAGCGAUGAACGUGAGCAGUAGAGUACGGAUUAGGAUAGUUACAGUUUAUUAUCGCAAGCGCACUCGGAACAAUAUUUCAGAUCUGUUGCUUUUGCUGAAUACUUCGUCAUUAGCGCUUUUUUUCCCUGCUCAUGCCACUAUUUUUAAACAACAGUGAGGAUUUUAAUAUUUAAGCACUUAAUAUGUACUCGUAGCUUUCUGCUUUCACUUUCGCUAGGUUAAUGUCCAGCAUUUAGAAGGUUUUUUUUUUUCCUCCCAUAUUUCGGGAGUUGACGGGAAGAAAUUGACAUCUUUCAUAUCGUUCAUUUAUGACUACAUAUACUGACCAAAUAGUUUCCCUUGUAGAUAGAGAAUAUUUUUUAUUUCAGCAGUGCUCCUUUACUGGUAAAGAAUUGAAUAGUUCUUAGUAAUUCAUUUUGAUAGGAACGAUGGCAGGAGGACACAAACAAACUGAAACGUACGGUUAAACGACAACCACGUGUAUAUGUUGAUUUUAAAUGUCUUUUUUUUUUUUUUUUUUUUUUUUUUUUUUUUUAAAUCACAGUUGUAUCUAAUUCCACCGACACCAACUACAAGUAAUAAUCCAUAACAUUUACGUUUUAUUCAGACUGGAAUGUAAGAAACUGGAUGGUGUACAUUUAGGAGAGGUCUAAGGUUUUCGCAUAGACUUUGCCUUACAGAAAUUCUCAAAUAGCUCCAAGCUUUGUCAGUUUGCUGUAGCAAACCUCGUGCUAACGUUGUAGUCGAGACCACUUUAGUCCAUGUCCAGAUUAGAAGAGCGCUCAGAGGGGAUUCGGGUAGAGUUGUGACCAAACCAAGACAUGUCCCCUGUUAAAACGGACAGUUGGCAGGAUUUCAAGCGACUGGACUGGACAGGACGGGGCUCAGGAGAGGGUUAAGAUUUGGGUUACUCGAUGUCAUUGUGACGAGGCUGAGUAUAAAAUUUGACCGUCGACUCGGACGUUUCUUAUUAAACUCCUAGAUUCUCUAGUCAUCUGUGUCCGGAUCGAAUCGGAGAGCAGCUGACUCUGUACAUACUCAUGCCUCUGUAGACAGUGAUGCACCUUAGCCUUCUGAUGGACUGUUUGGUCUCCAAACACCACUUAGAAAUCUCUCUCAAAGCUGUGAUCUUGUACAAUCCUUUAACUCUGUAAAUGCUGUUCAAUAUAACUGUCGCCCUGUGUUCAGAAGAUUCCACUUUCCGCUUGUUCGAGUGAAUUCUUGGCAUGAGAGCGUGUCUUACGCCCUGUAGCCAAGAUCAGGGACACAGUGCUGGUGUCAUACAAACUGUAGAUGGUUUCAGUGAAUAAAAUACAGUAUUUAAUUCAAUGCUA